AUGAAUGACCAUGCCGCCGACCGAGAGCUGCCCUACAUAAGCAACGAUCAGAUCGAAUAUCUUGAUGCGAUCUGCAAAAGAGCCUCCCAGGUUGUUGAUCCGCCAUGGAAAGCUCUCUUUCACUCCUAUGAUGAAGUGUUCAAAGAGAAGGGUCUGGACAGGAAUCGCGACAAUGAGAUCUUUCGGUGGCUGUUGCGGGUGGGCGAAAGCGCAAGACGUCAAUAUCGAGCUGGGCGCAGGACAAAUCUGGUCCCUCAUCUGAGGAGCAUCCUUGAAGCGCAUGGCAUAACCGUUAUUGAUCACGAUGAUAACAAAGAGAUAAACGGGGUCACACGGUCACUGGACGAUGCGGAGCCUGUUACUGUAGACAAGCAGGACCAGCCAAAGCGGAGAGUCUCUUUCGAUGACGCUCGACUGGAGGAGACGUGGUUGAGUGAAAGAUCACAGCUUGGAGAUUCUGAUCCGGAGAGUCACUCUCCACAAAGAGAUCAGCUCAGACCACGCCCUCGCGCCGCAAGAGACUUUGCAAACACACAGCGAGCUCGUUCGACAAGCAGUCAACGCCCAGUCGGUAGUCGCCAUCCAGCGCCCAAACACUACCAGGAAGAAUCACCUUCGACAGAAUAUGCCUCAGAGUAUGGAGAGCAGAAGAAUGGAACCCUUCUUUUCGAGCCCUCCUUGACGCAACUGGAACAGAACGCAGAGGCGUUUUUUGCCACAUCCGAGAUUCGAUGCGCUAGACAAUGCCUUCACCAAUGGCACGAUCGGGCUCUGGCCUUGCGAAAUCAGCGUUCACAGGCCUUCGCUUACGCUUCUGCUCAGGAUCGACGCAAGCUCUUGAAAGAGUCAUUCGAUGUAUGGCGGUCAGCGCUGGGGCGACGACGAGACGAGCAAAAUCGAAUUGUCCAACUGGAGCGCAUCGCCGAUGACUUUCGCUUUCGACAGAGUCAACUGCUUGCUGCUGUCGCCUUGAGCCAUUUGGAGCAUGAGGCCAAGCUCAAGGCACUUGCAGCGAGACUCUUGCAAGAGCAGAGGCUUGAGAAAAAGUACUUCAAUCUUUGGCACAAACACACAAUUGAAGAAACGGCAAAAGUCAAUAGCUUGUUGUGGCGAAAGUGUCUGACACGCUGGCGCGAGAAGACUGUCCGGAGAGCUAUUGAAGGAGAGCAGGCUCAUACACUUUGCCGAGAAGCCUUGCUGCGCAAAUACUGCCAGCGAUGGUUGUGGACGUUCCGCAGCCGUAUGGCCGUUGCAUGGCACGAGCAGCAUGUUGUGCAGGUCACGUUUGGCUCCUGGAUUUCAAAGUUGGAGCGUCGAGAUCUUCAAGUUCAGCAGGCUGAGGACUUUCAUCGGCGCACAUUGGCGACAUCUGCUCUUCGAGCCUUGACGCAGCGGGCGGCACAAUAUCGACCUGUCUUACAAGAGUCCCGGAGUCUUUACGAUCGCAAGCUCCUAUCAGGCUGCUUGAAGAGUCUGCAAAUCCACGCAAAACUGACACCAUUGGCUGCUACAUUGUCACUGAAGGUUAGGCUCAACCUUCAACGCAAAGUGAUAAGAGUGUGGAAUCUCCGUUUGACUCUCAAUCGACAAGCAGCUGAUGUGAGUCGCAAACGCGUCUUGCAAUCUGCAUGGACAAGUUGGAAUGACGCUCUGCGAUGCAAAGCCUUGGCUCAGCGGAUCGAUGAACGGGUUCUCGUGGAGAGCGUCUACCAUUGGAUGUUGCAGGCACGAUUGAAGUCCUUUCAGCGAUCCCAAGAUGUCAGACUUCUACGGCGGACGUUGACUUCUUGGAACAGCCGCAUCCAAGACAAGCAAUCAAGGCUAGAGCAAGCAAGUGUCGACUUUGCAGAAGGCGAACGAUGGCGUCGACUCAAGUUUGGGAUGCUUCGUCUCAACAAGGCUCUUCGAAAUCAGGAAGAUGCUGAUCGAGCGGCCGUAGAGUUCUCUAACAGCAGGGCUCUACCGGACGUGAUGGAAGUCUGGAAACAGCAGACCGCACAUGCAAGGCAGUUGGCGAAGUGGGCCUACGAUGCUCGAUUCUACGUCUUGUGCUCUAGGACCCUGAGAGCCUGGCAGGAGCGAACGGUCCAGCAUAAGCAUCAAAGACGACGCCAAGCUUAUGCGCAAGUCAGAGCCAGGGUAAAGAUCAGGCUUGUUCGCGAUUGCUUUACGCGAUGGCGGACGAAAAGCGCGGAAGUCUCUUCCAUGCAGGUUGAAGCACACGCACGAGAUCAAGCACGCCUUUUCCAAGUUGGCACCCAUGCAUUCGACAAAUGGCGAGAAAAGACUGCGCAGCACGCUGAGCUUGAGUUACAGGCAAGAGCAGCUGAUAACCGGAAACUCCUCACCUCGGCCACCGCAGCCCUUAUGAUUAAAUAUGUGGACUUGACGGAAAUGGAGCAGCAGUCGAUUCUCUCCAAGCAGGAAUCGGAUCUCGCGCUCUUGGGCAGUGCCUUGAAGAGGAUUCAGUGGGCCGGAUUCACUGCAAGACGCCGUGUAGAAAGCGCCGAUGCCCUCGAGGCUCGCAAUCGCGAUCAGCAUGUCAAGCAGAUGUUGCGACACUGGUCAUCUCAAGCAAUUGCACGGCGGAAGGCAACAAAGGCCAAAUCAAGCGAGCAACGCGAUGCUGAAAGCCCGAGUCUUCGACCUGCCAGCCGGGCAGCAUCAAGAUCAAGAGAACGAUCGACAUUCGCAAGUUCACCUCCAGCACACAGUACCACGCCAGCCUAUAUGCGUACACCUUCGAGAUCACGACGUGCAGGUCGUUUCAGACCACUGCCGACUCCUGCCCACGUCACGCCGAUGGCAUUCGACCGCUCCUAUCUGGUUACGACGCCAGCACCGCUUUCACAAGCGCAGCCUAACCAGACCGAAGACUCCAGUAAUAUAUUCGAGGGUCUGACUCCUCAAAUCACACCAUUCGCACGGAAGCUCAGAGCAGGCGGCGUCACGCCGGCUCCUCCAUCAGCUUUGAGGAGCAGCAUUCUGGGUCGGUCAGCAGCAGGAGGUACGAACAAAAGUGUCAGGUUUGCUGGCUCAAGCAGGUUUGGAAGCGGCUCCAGGAGGCUUCAUACGACUGACGAGCAAGCAGAAUUGAAUAGUUGA